AUGGAAGCAGCUCGGCGCUGGUUGAAUGAUGAUGCUGCAAUACAAUUGUGGAAUGAAAAUCACCCGGAGCGCAAUCUACCUGAGCUUCUGAAAACUGGCGGCGGCUUUGCAAAGAUCCCUGGUUUCCUGCCGGAGAACGUUGCGGAAGCUGUUUGUGCCUCCUUGCAUGCGUUGGACAGCUGGGAGCGAGCUGGAGAGGGUGGCUGCGAUGACUUGGAGUACACAGAUCGUGUGCGGCAUCGCUUUUGGAUUGCCGAUGUGGAAACUGAUGAUAUUCUUCUUGGCGCCUCACGUGUCCUUGCAAGGCUUCUUCCAGACACGUUGCCGAACUUCUCCGCAGCGCGAUAUGAAGGUAAUGAUCACAUUGCUGCACACGAUGAUCUUGUGCCAGAAGCCUACACCACCGAGGAAAUCUGCGAGGUCCGGAAGGCCUUCGGAAGUGACGACUUGCAAAGCGCCGUGGCUGCCUGGAAGAACAAGCGGCGAGCGUCACAACAGUUGGAGGAUGCCCUGGCGACCCAAGACCUGGCGGCAGUUAGGCAAGCAGCGGCAGCGGCAGCAAAGGCAUCAGAAGUUGUGCAGUACCGACGGUGGGUGGCGGCUGCAUACUACCUGAACAAGGACUGGCAGCCAUCAUUUGGCGGGCAUUUCACGGACCUGGCAGACCCGAGUUUGCCUGUGAGGCAUCUUCCAGAGUUUAAUACGCUGGUGGUCUUUGAAGUCCCGCGGCUCCACAGCGUGGAAGCUGUGCAUGGGCUUCAUGCUCGCUACUCUCUGUUCGGCUGGUGGUUGCUUGAAGACACCCCGAAACGCAGGAGGAAGGUCAUGCGGAAGCCGUCUUCGAGCAUCAUCAGCUCACGAAAGAGAAAGACGUCACAACAGACUCUGACCUGA